CUUUUGAAAAAGCAGCUGAUGACGUGCAGCUGGAUCUGGAUGAGGAGGGGGCUCUGAACUUUCGUCAUUAGGGCUUUUUCUGUCUCAGGCUCCGGGAGUGUAACUUCAACAAGUCCACCGCUCGGACCGACUCCCCCGCUCCUCUUCCUCUGCUCUUCCUCUGCUCUUCCUCUGCUCCGUCUCUCUCUGCGCCACCGCCUCACACAAUAAAAAAUAAAACAAUUGGACGACUUUGGUGGAGGUUUGCUGAAGUUACAUCGAGCUGAUUUCCCGCGGCUGAGGAUCCAUAUACGUGUAGUGUAUACGUCUGAUCUCUGGUAACGAUGGGCGGAGUGUGCUGGUGUUAUUCGUGGACCUGCAGACUGUGGCCGCUUCUGAUUCUGGCGACUUUACCCAAAUGCGUGGUGCAAUACUCAGAGAGUCCGGCUGCUGUGGUGGGGAAGAUGUACCCAAGAGGCAACCACUGGGCAGUAGGUCACUUGAUGGGUAAGAAGAGCAUCGAGAUCCCGCCUGCUGACGUGCAGGGGACGAACCCCAACAGCGACCAGCUCUCAGAAACAGAGCUGGACCGAUUCGAGCCCCUGAUGGAGGCUCUGACACAGCAGAAGAACCAAAAGCAGAUGAGGCCCCAGACUGCAGACAGGCUGCUCCGACUGCACAGAGGCUGGAGAGAAGAGGACAGAGACAAGUAUCUUAGAGAGCUGUCAGACCUGUUUCUUCUGGCUUUGAAACUGCGAGGCAACGACUCCACCUGAGAGCGAGACGGAUUCUGUUUGUGAAGCAGUCACCACCACCUCGAAACACUGUAAUCACUUAUCCACACUGACAGGUUUUUUUUUUCUGCUGUCAGAAAAUGUUUGAAACUGGAAGUUUAUUUUAAUCAGUGAUUUCGUAUUUCUAAAUCAUGCAGCGGUUUGAGGGCAGACUGGCCUGAAGACUAUAUGUCACAUAACCCCCAAAAAAACUAAAAUAAAUUUAACGUUGUGAUAACUGCA